AUGGAUGAUGAAUUAAAUGUAACAUAUAUAACUUUUGAUGGGCAUGUGGAGUUGCAGAAAUACAGAUAUCUUUAUUUUGUGAUCAUGUUUACAGCAUAUAUUCUAAUUAUUUGCAGUAAUUCCACUAUUUUGGGCAUCAUAGUGAUUAACAAAGCCCUCCAUGAGCCUAUGUACAUUUUCAUUGCAGCUUUGUUAAUCAACUCUGUUCUUUUCAGCACUGCUAUCUAUCCAAAGCUUUUGAUUGACUUUUUAUCUGAAAAACAGAUCAUAUCUUAUUCAGCCUGUCUCUUUCAGUGGUUUAUAUAUUACACUCUAGGUGUUUCAGAAUUCUUUCUGUUGUCAGUCAUGGCCUAUGACAGAUAUGUGUCUAUAUGUAAACCUCUGCAAUAUCCAACUAUCAUGAGUAAAACAACUGUUAAUAUAUUCCUGAUUUUAGCUUGGCUUCUGCCUGCUUGUCAGGUUUCAGUGGUAAUAUUACUGAGUGCUAAUAGAAAACUGUGUAACUUUAUCUUGAAAGGAAUAAUUUGCAACAGCACAGUUCAGAAACUUCACUGUGUGAGUUCAGCAGUGCUGAAUAUAUAUGGCUUGAUCGGUUUUGUAUGUGAUUCACCUUUGUCUUUACUUUUCAUACUUUUUACAUACACCAGAGUAUUUAUAAUAACCUAUCGAAGUAGUAGAGAAGUCAGGAGAAAAGCUGCACAGACCUGUUUACCCCACCUGUUGGUUCUGAUAAAUUUUUCCUGUUUGAGUGGAUAUGAUGUACUUCUUCCUCGACUGGAAACUGAUUUCCCCAAAACUGUACGUUUAAUAAUGUUUUUACAAGUUAUUUUGUAUCAUCCUCUCUUCAAUCCAAUCAUUUAUGGUCUGAAAAUGAAAGACAUCUAUAAACACCUGAUGGUAUUGUACUGCAAAAUUGGCCAUUAUAUUAAAUACUAA